AACCUGUGGUUUAUUAACCGCAAGGUCGCGUUGCUGUUCGAGCAUCAGUAAUUGGUGUGUUUCUACAUCCUAUUCAUAUUAUCCGUCUCCUUUGGAUGCCUCAUGAUCCUAUAUGUUUAUCUUAUUCCUAAGCCCUUCCAUAUUUUAUAGUAGUCAGCACAGUAAUAUGUAUUAUUACAUUCCCAUACCUAGAAUUUAUGGUCCAUAGACUAAUAUAUAUAACCAUAGUUACAGAAUAAACAUAGCUGCUCUAUGUUUCAUAGUUAUGUUGGUACAUCAUCCUUAUAGCAUAUGGCCAUCUGUUCUCGUGAAAUAUGUUACUUUCAUUUGCUAAUUAGCCUCAACGGGGUUAACACCGUUGAGGCAUAAACAGACUUCAGUCUUCAGUAAUAAGGAUAGUAGGUUGGUGAACCUAUAUUAAUCCUGACAUAUUGCUUUUCAAUGAAGGUCCAGCUUCUCCUUGAAAGUAAUCACUGAUGUGGCUGAUACCACUUGUGCGCGUAAGGCGUUUUAAUGAUUGACUACUCUAUGAGAAAAAGGGGACCCCACUUUAAGUUUAUUAGAUCGUGGUUUAUGAACCUUUUUGCUAUGACUUCGGAGAUUAUUAGUGCUGGAGGGAACAAAAAGAUAUUUAACACCCAAAUCAUAAUUAAAGAUACGAAAUGCCAGUAUAAGGUCACCUCGUGUCCUACGAUACAACAAGGGGAAAAGGUUUAGGCGUUUUAAACGCUCAUCGUAAGGGAGUCUAGGAAGACCCUUCACUAAUUUCGUUCCCACACGCUGGACACGCUCAAGGGAGUUAGUAUCCUGUACCAGACACGGGCUAGCUGCUUGGAUACAGUACUCUAAAUGUGGUCUUACGUAUAUGGGAUAUAAAAUUCGAAACGUUUCCCUGCAAAAGAUUUGAACGCUCGGCGAAGUGACCAUAACGCACGAAAACCUUUGACAGCGGCUGCUUUGCAAUGCGUAGUUGUUUUUAAAUCAUGACUUGAUACUACUCCUAAGUCUUUAUGCUCUUGAACGCAUGGAAGAGGUUUACCCUCAAUGGUGUAACGAUAAGUAUUACCGUGACCGAUGUGCAUUAGCACACUCUUCUUAGCAUUGAUUUCUAAGCCCCACUAUCGAGCCCAUCUAACUAAAUCGUCUAAGUCAGCUUGAAGAUCUAGAUGAUCAGCCUCACUUUUUAUUAUUCUCCAGAUUUUUACAUCGUCCGUAAACAAUAAUGUCGACGACCUAAGUAACGGCGAUAACUCAUUAACAUAGAGAAGGAAGAGCAGAGGGCCUAAGAUGGUGCCUUGGGGUACACCACUUUUGACCGGCUUCCAGUCGGAUAGCGUUCCGUUGGCCCUCACUCUCUGUCUGCGGUCACAUAAGAAAUUUCAUAUCCACUCAUGUACAGUACCUAUUAUUCCGAAGCUCGUGAGCUUCUGCAUAAGGCCUACGUGUGAAACCUUGUCAAAUGCUUUGCUAAAAUCUAUGAAUAUCACAUCGACAGACAGACCGUUAUCUAGGGCUGCUGUUCACUUCUCUCUCGUAAUAAGCAAUUUAUUCAAGCAGGAACGCUUGUUACGAAAUCCGUGUUGCUCAGGAGCUAACAGAUUGUGUAAAUCUAUGUGGCUUAGCAACCUAACCCGAAUUAUCUUUUCAAGUAACUUAACGACUAUGCUAGUUAGACUAACAGACCGGUAGUUAGAUACUAUCUGUCGCUGACCGUCCUUAAAUAUAGGACUAACUAUAGCGUCCUUUCAAUCUCUAGGGAGUUGAGCGAGUGAGAGGGACAUGCUGAAGAGUGUCGCAAGCGGUUUCGAAAUAAUGUCCGCAAGAGAUGAUAGCAACCGUGGAUGUAACCCGUCAGGGCCCGGUAUCUUACCAGGUUUGAGGUUAGUUAUCAACGGAAGGACAGUUUCCUCAGUCACCUGUACAGAUUCAAUGGUUGGUAUCUCGGUGUGAGUGGGACAAGUAUUUGUUACAAUAAACGUAGAGAAGACUUCGCUAAAAUAGUUUGAAAAAGUCUCAGCUUUUGCUCGAUCUGAUUCAGCUAGUAAUUCUGAAUUUUCGUGUGACAGUAACGGGGGAAUACCAUCACUACGUUUCAUUCGCCGUUUAACAUACGAAAACAAUCGUUUCGGACAAGUACGGCUAUCAUAUACUAACUGUCGUUCGUAAGUGGUACGGAAUUUGGCUAUGGGUUUCUUACAGAUAUUACGGACGUUUUGGUACUCACGCUUAAAUGGUUCAUGACCUGUCAACAAGCACCUACUAGGCACCAAACUAAUCGGCCGUGGUUUGUCCUUUCCAAAUAUUACUGAAAUGUAUUCAAGGCUUUAAUGUUGGCCUACAACUUCUGGAGACACGUUCUUUAGUUUACCUCCUUUCACUUUGAGCAUCCUAAGCUAGAAAAUUUCUUGUAAUUCAGUUUGGUAGUUACCACAAUGUACUAGACUCUCCUAACGUCUUUUCAUUCCUCGUUCUUGACAAGUCAGUCUAGUCUACUAUGCUUCUCUGCUAGAGUUUCUCUUGUAUAUUCCCUCUUGUGGCUUGUUUAACCGUAUUUGGCAAGUCAUCCUCAUAUUUCCGUUUAUCAUCUCUGGUGUCAACCUUUACUCGUUCGAUCGAUCCUGUACAUUGAUUUCUCUGAUUUUGUUCGGCUGUUAACUGCUGUUCCAUGACCUACCAUUUUGAAUUGUUUUCAGACUCUGUGGUGAUCCAUUGUGCUUGUGCUUUUUGGGGCUCAGCACCUUUUGGUUUGUUGAAAAUGUUGUGUAUGCAACCAAUGUGGUUUUCAAUAGUGUGGUCAGGUGGAACCCAUGUUACUUUGCUUAUGAUUUUUUGGGGAGAAAUACUGUUGCCUAUGGUUAUGCUGUUGACAGCACGCAGACCUACCACUCUCACUAUCCUCAUUUCUUUCUUCCAUUUCAUGUUUCCCUUCGAUGUAUUUAUACUCAGCGUUGUCCAUUUUGACCUUAGCAUUUAGAUCCCACAUCAGGAUCGCCAGAUUUUUUCCUGGUUACUUCUCUAGCAUGAACUGGUCUUCCUUCCUUCUUUGUUUUGAAAGAUUCUUUAAUAAUUCUAAAGCCUUGAGGCUUGAACUAUGUGGGUGCUUUUGCGGUUCUUUGGACAGGAUCAGUGCAACGGAGGAUUUUCUCCUUCGUGACCAAACUACAGCGUUCUCUUAUUACGUUAAUCUUUUCUGUCUAGACUAUGUACAGUGAGUUUUUCCUGUCCUCAAUUCGGUUAGGUUGUGUCUUCUCAUUUCACGUGCUGUUUAAAUGAUCAUCCUAGUCCCUUAUAUGGUCUAGAUAUUCCAUGUUUGUAUGUUUAUCAUUGUCCUGAUUGUCAAUCUCUUCUCUUGCAAAGAAUUUUGGCUUUCACCACAAGGCUCUGUAACUCCUCUGCGUGACGACCAUUACAUUUUUAGAGUAAAUUUCAACUGAAUUUUUGUUUGCUGGUGUUUUCGUAGUGGUCUUUGUACAAAUUGAAAUUUCUAGCUCUACACCCAGCCUUCCCUUUUUACCCGUGCUUAGUACCACCAAUAAUUCCAUAGGAGCACCAGAUUGAGUCUUCCCAGUGCACAGAGUACGGCAAAUUUCGUAUUUUUGGUGACUAAUUGUUUUAUUUUUGUGUCCUUACGGCUUUUUAAAAUUUGAGAAAGUAUUACACAAAAGUCAGUAUCUAAGUUCUCAAACCAAGUUUAUUACUUUCCAAUUUUACCUCUUCUGACCAGUCAACUAUAAAAAAAUUAGUUUCUGGUUGAUGACUGUCUAUUAUAGGUAGUUUAUUCUGGUUAAACUACCUAUACUGUUUGUUAGUUAGUCCCAUGUCAACCUCUGAUUGUUUCACUUGUGUCACUUGGUUAGUGGUAAUGUAGAUGUAGCGAACUAAUUGGCUAACAACCAGUCACAUUUCAACUUUUACACUGCAAGUCUGAAUUCCACCCCAUAUAUUAUUUUUUAUGUGCCCGGCCAGCCUAGUUACUCACGAAGUCUGGUUUCAUGCUGAGUGCAUGGAUCUGUGCUUGAUGUCUACUUUAAUCAUCGGUAAAGAUGUAUAAGCACUCUGACUUUUCUCACCGAACCAGGUUAAAUGAUGGGUGACAAAGUCCAAGGACAGUCAGUCAGUCAGUUACAACGUAGGACCAGGCACAUAUGUGCAUCGGUCCAGGUUGCCAUACCGCAUCAGCACAACAAGAUGAACACCGGAUUCAUAGCAGUGGUUAGGUCAAAGGUGGUAAUAUAUAAGAGAAAGAUUGCAUAUAGAGAUAUAGUACAAGAAGAAAAAAUUGGUUCGUAGAAAGAAAGGUAUUAGGCGAUUUUAAUCUCUUAGUUUAAGGGAAGACGGAGUGUAUACACCGACGCCAUUGUGAUCGAUUCUGAGCCAUGUCACCAAGAGUCUCCAACCAUUGGUUACGAAAGUCACGCGGACACCAACCAAGUAGUCUGCAUCUACUAACAUGGCUCAGACUAGAAGUUAGUGACUUCAAGCACUGAUGCCACGUUUUGGUUUGGCCGCCCCUAACUUUCUUCCAACCAUCUCCAAUACCGGAUAGCAUUGCACGUCGUGGUAAUCGGUAUUUAGGCAUACGUAACACGUGGCCCAACCAUCUCAGUCGAUGAAGAUUCAUAACCUCAUCAACUGAUUUACCAUCAUUUCCUAAUACCCUGCAUCUAACCUCACUAUUAUUUACCCGGUGAUCCCAGCAGACGCCAGCAAUAUUUCUAAGGCAUCUGUGAUCAAAUACUAGUAGCUUGCGAGUGUCUUCUACCCUUGAUGGCCAUGUUUCGCUGCCGUAAAUUAAAACAGAACGAACUGCCGCACAGUAUACUCGUCCUUUUAUUGAUAGACGGAUAUCUCGCCUCCGCCAAAGGUGACGUAAGUUGGCAAAAGCCAAACGAGCUUUUCGAAUCCGUGCUGAGAUUUCGUCAGACACCAACCCAUUAGGGCUGAUCAGACUUCCAAGAUAAGUGAAGUUGUCAACGCGUUCGACUACUUCACUCCCUAUCCUUAGUUCAGGUGUUAACGCAGACCAGUCCUGAAGCAACAACUUGCAUUUAGAGGGAGAGAAGCGCAUUCCAAACAUUCUGGCAUUGUUGCUUAGUGCUACCAGAAGACUCUGCAUUUUGUCAGCGUCUUCACCAAACAGGACUAUGUCAUCUGCGUAUUCUAAGUCGAUAAGUGGACCUCCUGGAUGGAGAUCAAAAUAGGCUAUAUUUAUAUAACUUUGUUUACUUGAAAGUAUUCUUAAUUCAGGUAAAUGGAGUUGAUGUCUCUUGAACAGAAUAUGUUUCCUAACAGUGAUGAUUGCAACAAUGAUUCAGCCAAUCAAGAUAGUGCACCUGCUAUCCAUGUAGAUGAUGUACAACGUAUGGAAGCUCGUCUUUUAAAGUUGUUGGAUGAAUUUAACGCUGGGAAAUCAUCGUUUGGUCCAAAUUGUCCUUAUGAAAAACUUGACUCAAUACGAAAUCAGCAAGAAGAACUUAUGCGAUUGCAUUUUGAGCAAGAUAGGAAAAUGAUGUCGAUCCUCGAAACAGGCUCAACUCUCGCGCGGCGUCCUGUUAGAGCACUUUUAACGGAUGAAGGUCGGAAGACUACAAAGGCAAAUAUUGAUGCACUAGUCACACGACUGGAGUCGCUAAGUUAUGCAAUACAUAAUCUUCACUAUGCUAAUAGACCUCGAUCGUAA